CCAACUUAAAUGGAAUAGAAAGCCCAGCUCAUACGACGUCGUUCAUAGAGAACUAGAAAAAAAAUACGCGUGCUCUGCUCUCUAUCCUCCUUCCUCACAGCGCCGUUCCCUUCGUCCUCGCUCAACACCUCACACAACCAGAACGCGGCGCCUCAAGAGCUUGCUGCAAAUACAGGUUUGUCUCUACACGGUUUACCAGGCAAGUCUGCGCCCAAAUUGCUCGACUCCCCCGGUGAUUGCGGAUGGCGGAGGUAAAUUUGAAUAAAAACGUCCCUUUCGAAGAAAAUGAGACUUUAGCGCCCAUAAAUGGCAAUGGCAAUAAGGAGGCCGCCGAACAAUCUAAAACUUUGCAAAACGAUGAAGAUGACGACAAAGACAUUGCAAAGAAAAAAAAGAAGAAAAGUAAAAGCAAGAAAAAGAAAGCACCGCAGGAGCAGACUAAUCCACAAUCUAUGCAAGCGCAGACUGAUCCACCAUCUAUUCCUGUUGUUGACCUGUUCCCAUCUGGGGAGUUUCUUGAGGGUGAAAUUCAACUGUACAAAGACGAUAACCUGUGGAGGUCUACCUCUGAAGAGAAGAGGGAGUUGGAACGCGUUGAAAAACCAAUGUAUAAUUCGGUUCGUCGAGCAGCUGAAGUUCAUCGCCAGGUUCGGAAAUACAUCAAGGGAAUUUUAAGGCCUGGAAUGUUGAUGACUGAUUUGUGCGAGACUUUGGAGAACACAGUACGGAAGUUAAUAUCCGAGAAUGGUCUGGAAGCAGGCAUUGCUUUCCCCACGGGAUGCUCUUUGAAUUGGGUUGCUGCUCAUUGGACCCCAAAUACGGGCGACAAGACAGUGCUUCAGUAUGAUGAUGUAAUGAAAUUGGAUUUUGGAACUCAUGUAGACGGAUGUAUAGUUGACUGUGCAUUUACAGUAGCAUUCAAUCCUAUGUUUGAUCCACUGCUUGAAGCCUCACGUGAAGCAACAAAUACGGGUAUCAAGGAGUCUGGAAUUGAUGUGCGUCUUUGUGAUGUUGGUGCUGCAAUCCAAGAAGUCAUGGAAUCGUAUGAGGUUGAAAUCAAUGGAAAGGUGUAUCAAGUUAAAAGUAUCCGAAACUUGAAUGGACAUAGCAUUGGACGUUAUCAAAUUCAUGCUGGAAAAUCUGUUCCUAUUGUGAAAGGAGGGGAGCAGACGAAAAUGGAAGAGGGUGAAUUUUUUGCAAUUGAAACUUUUGCGUCAACUGGGAAAGGUUAUGUCAGAGAAGAUCUAGAGUGCAGCCAUUACAUGAAAAAUUUUGAAGUUGGCCACAUCCCAUUGAGGAUGCCCAGGGCAAAGCAAUUGCUAGCAACAAUUAACAAGAACUUCUCCACUUUGGCCUUUUGCAGGCGGUAUUUAGACCGCCUGGGAGAGACGAAAUAUCUUAUGGCGCUAAAGAAUUUGUGUGAUGCUGGCAUUGUCCAGCCUUAUCCUCCUCUCUGUGAUGUUAAAGGCAGUUAUGUAUCCCAGUUUGAGCAUACCAUUUUGCUUCGGCCAACCUGCAAAGAGGUCGUAUCCAGAGGUGAUGACUACUGAUAUGGGCGACGAUAACUUUGCCAUGAAAACCUGCAUGGUGGUUGUACCAUGUUUUUUGAGUACAAACAGGAAUAAGUUUAUUUUUGUGUUUUCCACAUUUAUCUCUGUUAUCUUUAACUGCAAUGAAAAAUUUUCUCAGUAUUUUGCUUGUCGUAUGCGACAUGUCUAUUGAAAAAGACACUAGUUUCAUAGAAACAUUUGAAUUUCAAAUUGAAAAAA